GCAAGAGAAAAUAACUUGUUCCAAUAACAAAUGGAUGCGAGGUUGAUUCAGGCUGCUCAAAUUGGAAGCAUCGAAGAUUUGCAUGAGUUACUACGAGAAAAUCCUUUGAUCCUCCACACCGUCAACUUGUUCUCCAUUGGCAACCCCUUACAUAUUGCUUCUGCAUCAGGGCAUGAUGGUUUUGUGAUGGAGAUUACAAGGCUAAAGCCUGAGUUCACCAAAGAAUUGAACAGAGAUGGGUUCAACCCCAUGCACAUGGCUGCAGCCAACGGGCAUUUAGAGGUUGUGAGGGAGCUGCUGAAAGUUGACCGAGGACUUAGCUGCCUGGAGGGAAGAGAGAAAAAGACUCCCCUCCAUUAUGCAGCUAUCAAAGGAAGGGUCGACGAGAUCAUUGAAAUGCUCAUGAGUUCUCCAGAGUGCAUCGGACAUGUGACUAUUCAAGGAGAGACUGCUCUACAUCUUGCCAUUAAGAACAGCAAGGUUGAAGCAGCUAGGGUUUUGGUUGAUUGGGUUAGAGAGAUGAAGAAUGAGAGCGUCUUGAAUCUCAAGGAUGAGCAAGGCAAUACAGUGAUAGAAUUAUUACUAGGCUGGGGAUCGACACAUAGCUCCUUGGAAGUGAAUGCCAUAAACCAGAGCGGUCUCACAGCCCUCGAUCUCCUACAGAUUUUUCCAAGCAAAGCUGGUGAUUUGGAAAUAGCAGAGAUUCUUCAAAGAAAUGGAGCUAGAAGGGCUAGAGAUCUUACAGCCUCUCAAAUGCCUACUAUUGAAUACCAAAAUCAGUUCUCAAAUAUUCCCACAACACCAGAGAGACCUCAAUCACAUCCACGAAAUCUUCUGGAAUACUUCAAGUUCAAAAAGGGAAGAGACUCUCCAAGUGAAGCUCGCACGGUGCUAUUACUCGUAGCCUCUCUGGUUGCCACCUCCACCUUCCAGAUGGGACUCAGCCCUCCCGGUGGCACUUGGCAAGACAAUUAUGUUCCUGACCAGAACAAAGCCACCAGCACAGACGAAGCACACGUGGCAGGAACAUCCAUCUUGGCCACUAGCGAUAGAGUUUCAUUCCUACUCUUUGCCCUUUUCAACUCAAUUGGGUUUGUUGUCUCUUUCCAUGAUUAACAUCCUCGCCAGAAAUUUUCCCUUGCAGUUAGAGCUUCAGGUUUGUAUCAUUACAAUGUUUAUCACAAACGGCUACACAUUGUCAUGCAGCACACCCAGGGGCGGAGGCAGAAAUUUUUUUCAAGGGGAGCAAAAUACUAAAAUUUUCAAAGUUCA